UGUAUGUUCCUGGAAACAUGGCGGCCAGCUUCCGCGGCCGUCCUAUCCGAAGUCUUCGGAUGCGAGGUCGGAAUGACAGCGGGGAAGAGAACGUACCGCUCGAUCUGACCAGAGAGCCAUCUGACAACUUCCGCGAAAUCCUUCAAAAUGUGGCAAAACCACAUGGAGUCAGUAACAUGCGGAAACUGGGCCACCUGAACAACUUAAUAAAGCUGCUAUGCAGCAUCGGCCACCGUGAGGAAAAGUUUGGGUUUACAUACGAAGAAAUCAUCAUAUGCCUGCGGCUAGCUCUACUUAAUGAGGCGAAGGAAGUGCGUGCUGCAGGGUUGCGGGCGCUGCGCUACCUCAUCAGAGACACCAGCGUGCUGCAGAAGGUCCUUAGACUACAGGUGGACUACUUGAUAUCCAGGUGCAUUGACAUCCAGCAGAGCAAUGAGGGAGAAAGGACGCAGGCUCUGAGACUAGUCAGAAAGAUUAUCACGGUCAAUGCGAUGCUUUUCCCCACCUCCAUUGCCAAUUCUCUCAUUGCUGUGGGGACGGAUGGGCUACAGGAGAGAGACCGCAUGGUCCGUGCGGCCAUUGCCAUCAUCUGCGAGUUAGCCCUGAAGAACCCAGAGGUGGUGGCCAAAAGGGGCGGGCUCAGCACCAUCCUGAAGAGUGUGAUUGACUGUCAGCUGAGCCGCAUCAACGAAGCUCUGAUCACCACAAUCCUCCAUCUCCUCAACCACCCACGUACCCGUCAGUACGUGCGAACUGACGUCGAACUAGAGCAAAUCCUUGCGCCUUUCACAGAUUUUCACUACCGCCACAACGCAGACACGGCUGAAGGGCAACUUAAGGAAGACCGAGAGGCCCGUUUCUUGUCCAGUCGAAUGGCCAUAGUAGCAGCUUUUCGUUCCUGGUCUGGGAUUAUCAACCUAUGCAAGGCUGGAAAUUCUGGAAUCCAAUCUUUAAUUGGCUUACUUUGCAUACCAAAUAUGGAAGUUAGGAAAGGCUUGUUGGAGGUGUUAUAUGAGAUAUUCCGGCUUCCUCUGCCCAUUGCAACUCAAGACUUUACAGAAGCUCUUCUUAGCGUUGACCCCAGCAGGUUCCAGGACAGCUGGAGACUGUCAGAUGGGUUCGUUGCUGCUGAGGCCAAAGUCAUCCUGCCACAUCGGGCGCGGUCCAGGCCUGAUCUGAUGGAUAACUACCUGGCACUGGUCCUCUCUGCUUUCAUCACCAGUGGGCUCUUAGAGGGUCUUGUUGAAGUGGUGACCAGCAGUGAUGACCAGCUCGCUGUCAGAGCCACAAUCCUCUUGGGAGAACUACUACACAUGGCAAACACCAUCCUUCCUCAUUCCCACAGUCACCACCUGCACUGCCUUCCCACCCUCAUCAACAUGGCAGCCUCUUUUGACAUUCCCCAGGAGAAACGACUUCGGGCGAGUGCGGCAGUCAACCACCUGAAGCGUUUCCAUGAGAAGAAGAAACGGGGAUCGAAACCUUACAGCCUUUACCUGGACCACAUCAUCCGCAAGUCUGUGUCGUCACACAACCGCAGAGAUUCGCACUCUCGUGCACACCGGGACAUCUAUGUCAUCAAGGACACAGAGGACGCACUGAUGAUGAACCUGAGAGACAGUCACAUUCUCAACCACAAGCAGAACCUGGACUGGAACUGGCUGCUCAUCGCCACCAUCCUCAAGUGGCCCAAUGUAAACCUCAGGAACAACAAAGAUGAACAGAUGCACAAGUUUGUGCGGAGGUUGCUGUAUUUUUACAAGCCCAGCAGUAAGCUGUAUGCAGCGCUGGAGCUGGACCACCCCAAGGCCAGACAGCUCACUGUGGUGGGCUGUCAGUUUGUUGAGUUCCUCAUGGAGUCUGAUGAGCAGGAUGGGCAGGGUUACCUGGAGGACCUGGUGCGGGACAUGGUGUCGUGGCUGUCCUCAUCCUCAGGGUUGAAGCCUGAACGCUGUCUUCAGAGUAACGGCCUGCUCACCACACUCAGCCAACACUACUUCCUCUUCCUGGGGACACUCUCAGCCCACCCACAUGGGGUCAAACUGCUGGAGAAAUGCGGCCUGUUUCAGUGCCUGCUGAACCUGUGCUCAGUGAAGAACCAGGAUGCUGUGCUGAAGCUGGCUGUUUCCACACUGGACUACAGCAGAGACGGCCUGGCCAGAGUCAUCCUCUCCAAGAUCCUCACUGCUGCUACUGAUACAUGCCGGCUGUAUGCCACCAAGCACCUCCGUGUGCUGCUGCGUGCAGGUGUGGAGUUUUUCAGUAGCUGGGGCAUGGAGCUGCUCGUCACUCAGCUUCAUGACCACAGCAAGGCUGUGUCCAUGGAGGCGCUGGACAUCUUGGACGAAGCUUGUGAGGACAAGGCCAACCUCCACGCUCUUAUCCAACUCAAACCAGCUCUGUCCCACUUGGGAGACAAAGGCCUCCUGCUGCUCCUCAGGUUCCUGUCCAUUCCUAAGGGUUUCUCCUACCUCAAUGAGAGGGGUUAUGUCAGCAAACAGUUGGACAAAUGGCAGAAGGAAUACAACCUUAAGUAUGUGGAUCUGAUAGAGGAGCAGCUCAAUGAAGCACUAACAACUUACCGCAAACCUGUUGAUGGAGACAACUACGUUAGACGCAGCAACCAAAGGUUACAAAGACCAAAUGUCUAUCUCCCUGUGCACUUGUAUGGUCAACUUGUCCAUGAUAAGACAGGCUGCCAUCUACUGGAGGCUCAAAGUGUGGUUCCUGACCUCAGCUACACUGUUCGCUCCCCGAUGCUGGACACCUGGGAGGGCAUUAAACAGCUGAAGGCUGCUCUUUGGGCCUUGGGUAACAUUGGCUCCUCAAACUGGGGUCUGAAUCUCCUGCAGGAGGAGAAUGUCAUUCCUGACAUCCUGGCGUUGGCUCAGCACUGUGAGGUGCUGUCUGUACGAGGGACAUGUGUGUAUGUGCUUGGUGUGAUCUCAAAGACCAAGCAAGGGUGUGAGGUGUUGAAGCAGUAUGGCUGGGAUGCAGUCAGACACAGUCGCAGGACGCUGUGGCCUGUCACUCCCGAAGAGGUUGACACCCAGUUGACCUCUGAGCUUUCCUCAGUACCGAGCACACUCAGUCUGAACUCCGAAUCCACCAGUUCCCGCCACAACAGCGAGAGCGAGUCCCAACCAAACAUGUACAUCCUGGAUGAUGACAAGUGUGAGGUUCUGGACCAAUCAGACGAGCCCUCCCUCUAUCUACGCGCCAAACCUGUCAAGGACCGCAGCCCUUUCACCAUCCUGGCCUCCUCACGUUUCGUACGCAACCGCUUCCUCAACUCCCUGUCUCUCCCUAGCAAGAAACUGCGCUCCACCAGCGACCCCAAGACACCAUCGGGCUCCCGCACCCCUACUGAACUCAAGACGGGGGGUAUGAGGCGAAACAGGACAGUGACAGAGCCGUCUGUUUACUGCACAAGCCAGGGGGACGUCUUCACCCCUGUGUUCAAUGGCAGAGGAAUGCCGAAGAGUCCCACUGUCAGCCUGGAGACUUCCUUUGUAGGGACCAGAGGGGGCUCCGAGGAGCACCUUGUGGAUGGUAGGCUGGCCAGGGGAGGAGGCUCAGGUCUGGUGCUGGUGUCAGGAGGCUCCGGGGGUCUGGGUCUCGGGGGUCCAGGAGGACAUGGGGCUGUGGAGCCCCCCAGCCGAGAGAGGGAGCAGAGCAGCCGAGAACGUCUCGCGGGAGGGGACGGUGGCCCCUCCUCUGGUGGAGGUGGUGUGGGAGGGGGCGGCGGAGGUGGCGGAGGGACUCAGUUUAAAAGCCGCAGUCAGAGCUUUAACACGGACACCACAACCAGCGGCAUCAGCUCCAUGAGUUCCAGCCCCUCCAGGGAGACUGUGGGAAACCCUGACCAUCCUGAACCCGAACCGGACUCCUCUGACUGUGUGAGCCUCAACACGGUGGUGUCAGCCAAGACUGUCAAAACACUCUCCUCCCUCACUCCACAGGCUCACACCAACCACAUGUCUGCCUCCAAAUCCAACUCUGUCUCUCUGGUACCACCCGGCUCCUCUCACACUCUCCCUCGUAGAGCUCAGUCUCUCAAAUCCCCCUCAGUCACUACCAUCAAGAGCUUAGCAGACUGUAGCUUCAUGUACACCAGUCCACGAGAUGCACUGGGCUAUGCUACACUGAAGAGGCUACAGCAGCAGAGGAUACAUCCGUCUUUGUCUCACAGCGAAGCAUUGGCAUCACCUGCUAAAGACGUGCUCUUCACUGACACCAUCACUAUGAAGACUGGCAGCUUGGACUCCAGGCUGACACCUCGCAGAAGUGAAAGGUCUGACAGUGUGUCUCCUGCACACUCUACCAUGUCGAUGAGGUUAACUGAUAGGAGGGUUACCUGUACCGAUCCAAGCAACAUAAGUCCGUACCGCAGGCUGUCCAGAACUCUCCUCCCGCGGUUUCUAAAGGCUUUGAGCUUUGCCUCACUGGAUAAAGAGGAGCUUCUCAGUCCCAUUAACCAGAGCACCCUGCAUCGCUGCUCCUCAGUGCGCUCAAUGGUCUCUAGUGCCACCUUUGGAUGCAAUGAUGACUACAUUGGCCUUGCGCUGCCCUUGGACAUCAAUGAGAUGUUCCACAUCAGAGAUACACCCUACUUUCAACAGAGGAUCAGCCCGCCCUCCGAUGAGAGGAAACGCUUCCUCUUUGGCGAUGGAGAUGGUGAUCGGCCCCCUGUCCCAGUGCUGAAGCAGCAGUUCAGUAUCUCUGAGCUGAUUGCCAGUCGAGGGGACAGCCAGAACCACGCCCUGGGUUCAGAGGAGACCGGGCUGCAGGAUCACACUGAAGACAACUGCCUCUACUGUGUGGGAGCCAUUGUGCUUGGUUACCCGACACAACCACAGAUCAACAGCACACACCCUCGGACAGACUAUGUUGACUUUCCUUCAUGGGGAGGCCAGAGUGGCCAUCGUCUGGAGGUGAUGCCUCAGUCCAAGUUCUCUGGUGUGUCAGGCUGCAGCGACGCUGCUGUCUCACAAGGCUCAGUCUGCAGCACCCCCACCCCAAGUGACAUAGUCAUAGGUGGCAAGGCAAUACCUGAAGACACCCCUGCCUGCCGGGUUCUGCUGAGGAAGGAGGUGCUCCGCCUCAUCAUCAACCUCAGCUCCUCUGUAGGAACCAAAGGCCAUGAGACAGGACUACUGACCAUAAAGGAGAAGUUUCCCUACGCGUUUGAUGACAUCUGCCUGUACUCCGAGGUUUCUCACCUCCUAGCUCACUGUAUGUUUCGCCUGGCCUCCAGACGCUUCAUACAGGAACUCUUCCAGGAUGUGCACUUCAUGCCAAUGUAUGAGGAAGCAGAGGCAAUCCUGACAAAGCCACCAAAACCUGCUGAAGAGGAUGUGGACCCUCCUGCAGAAUCCUGAUCAUCCUCUCCCUUGUGUUGUCUGCACAGCCCCUGUCCUACCGAACCUACAAACCCGGGAGAGCAUGAGACUGACAGAAAGAUAAGGCUGCAAGGAGGGGACAUAUUUGGCACAUUUCUGUUGCUCUAAACAGAGUAGCAUGGCCAAGGAUGAAGGGGAGGUGGUCAUCACUCACAUUUCCUCUAGCAAGUGAGAGCUGGAAACAAAGGAUAUCAAUGUCUGUUCACAAAAAUUUAACCCAGCACGCCUAAUGCUGUUUCAGACUAUUUUCAAGGAAAAAGGGGGAGCAGUUUAACCAAAUACUGUUUUCAAAUGGGUUGGCAAUCUUGAGCAACACUCAAUAAUACAUCAACAUAUGCUUAAGGACAAGCUGGAUCAUUAAGACAAAGACUCACGCUGUGUUUUUAAAAAAAAGAAAUUAUAUUAACAUUUUAUCUCUUUCCAGAGGUGGUGUUUUCUGUAAUGAAACGAUUAAGGCAUGUUGUUGUGUCUACCCAGUGAUUCCCUGGACCCCAUGUUCUUUAUCCCUUACGAAAUAAAACACUACAGAGGGUCCUGCUGUUUUUAAACUAUGUGGAGCCUUCCUGGUUCAUAUCCCACCCCCAACCUGCAAUCUGUUAUAGCCAGAUUUGUGCUGUGCUUCUCGCGCUUCACCGCUUCCUACGACCUCUAGCCUCUUAUCAGCUCUGACAGCCAAUUCCUUUUCUAUGUCUUAUAUAUCAGACAAUCAGACAUCAUUAGUGUUGUAUUUUCUUAAGCACUAUAUGCACCACCCCUCACACAGUACAUGUGGAAAACAGCAUGUCAUUUUAGCUAGAUGCCAUCCUUUACUUGCAUAGGACCUUAAAUGUUUUUUCUUCAGCCAUUGCAUUAUUAGUAAGCUUGUGGUUUUAGGAAUUCUCAGGAGGGGGUUUGAUCCUUGAAAAGGUUGUAUCAUUUAUCUGCUCUUCAUUCUGUAGAAUGACACUUAUGACCGUGACGUAGUACCAAACUCUGCACAUAGACUUUUCCAGAGCCCGUCUUUGCUUUGGCCCAGCAGCUGCCCAUUUUUUGCCUUCUUACCUCUGUGCUUCACUUUCACUGCAUGUGCAAAUAGCAUGGCAAAGUUGUAAUGCCACCUUACAGAUGUCUUUCAGUCACUUGUAAUACUUUUUAAAGAUAGGUUGCCAUUACAUGCUGCCAUCACAUUGCAGGAAUAUAAUUAUCCCUGAAUUGUUAUCACAAUGCAAUAUCACUGUCUGUCAUUGGCUGAGAUGUGGAGGGGGGCGUUGAUUUAAGGAUUUGUAAAAGGUUUCCAGGGAAAUGGGGAUAUCUGUUUCCAUUGGCUUGUUUUUGCUAUAAUGCUGCUACACAAAUGGACUCAUAGAGAGAUGAUUCAUAGAUCAGCUGAAUGAUGUCAGAUCCGAUCUAUUUAUUAUAUGUCUGUACCAUAGAGUGAGCUCAACCAGAGAAGAAAAAAGUUAUUUAUAUUUUUUCCUCAAGACUGUAUUAUAAUUUAAAAGGAUUUUUUUUUUCUUUUUUGCCUGAAUCGUGGUUUCCCCUGUAUAAUGUGUACAGUAUGUUUUGGGGGCAUUGAUGACCUAAAGAAGCAUACAAUCCUAUCAAAGGGAUGCAUUGUUAAUAAAACAAAAUUUUGAAAUACCCAA